AUGCCCUCUCUAUCAACACUAAAUCCUUAUAUGCUCACGCUUCGAAAGCGUAAAUCUAUCUCCACACUUCUCAUCCAGUAUACAAAGCUUUUACAGUUUCUAGGUUUGGAAUUGUACUCCAAGCCAGUUCUUCUAUUUCUUCUUACCGUUUUAUCCACGGCAUCUGCAAUUUCCACCUAUUACCUGUUUAAAUUCAUAUCUUAUGCCAAGGAGCGAAUCCGGAAAAGGAAACUCAAAGAGUACUCGAGCUCCAGCUUGGAUAAGUGGAGAUUUUAUCAUCAAGACCCCAAAAGACUGAGAACCGUUUUUGUUCCCUACAAAGGGCGUCGAUUGGAAGUGAAUCUUGAGCCGAUAAACUAUGAUCGAUACGAACAUGACCGUUUGGUGCUCAAAAAAUAUAUGAAGGAUUACGAAAAACUGCCGGACGGAACCAAACCAGCACCUGUGAAAUCCCUAGUGGAGUCCAAAUUCCUUACUAAAAUCUAUAUUAUUUGGAAGAUGAUACUCAUUCCUAGAGUGUUUCACAAAAACACGUAUCUUCUUCUUGCUCAUAUCAGUUUUCUUAUCGCCAGAACUUGGCUUACGUUACUUGUGACUAAGCUAGAUGGUCAAAUUAUGAAAGAUUUGAUAGGUUUUAAUGUUAAGUUGUUUCUUAGGGAUAUGGUUUAUUGGUUUCUCUUUGCAGUUCCAGCAUCUUACGUCAAUUCGGGAAUUAAGUUUCUAACGAAACGGUUGGCUCUUAACUUUAGAACCAAUUUGGUGAGAUAUUGCCAUGACAUGUAUAUGAAUUCCAGACUUGUUUACUACAAGCUUCAAUUCAAUAAAAACGAAUCUCCAGACUAUCAACUUUCAUAUCAGACCAUCGAUCAAAAUAUGACUGCUGACAUACAGAAAUUUAGUGACUCCUUGACUUCAUUAUUUGCUAAUAUAGGAAAGCCAGCAAUAGAUUUAGUCUUCUUUGCCAUUUAUUUGAGGGACAAUAUUGGUACUCCUGGUAUCUUGGCUAUUCUUUUCAAUUAUUUAAUCACAGGCAUCAUGCUUAAACACAAGUCUCCUAAUUUCAAUAGACUUUGGAAGCAGAGAACUCAUUUGGAAGGAAUCUACUACAAUUAUAACUUGAAUUUGGUCAACAACUGUGAGGAAAUCUCUUUUUAUAAGGGUACUAAGUUUGAGAAAUCCAAAGUGUACAGAAUAUUUUCAGAUUUGACCAACCAUAUAGUCUGUGAAAUCCAAGAGAGAUUCAAUUACCAGCUCUUUGAGGAUUAUGUGUUGAAAUUCACCUGGCCUGCAUUCGGCUACGUCUUUGCGGGAAUCCCUAUUUUGUUUGAAUCCCCUAAAAGCGGCUACGUUCAUGAUGAAACUUCCAACAUGAAAUCCUUUGUCGUCAAUAAGCGGUUAAUCUUGAGUAUGGCCGAUGCUGGUUCAAGAAUGAUGUAUUCCAUCAAGAAUAUUAAUCGACUUAGUGGCGUUACAGAUAUUGUGUUCAAUCUUCUUGUUAACCUACAUCAGGUUCAUGAUGCAAACUUUCAAUAUGGAGUGACCAAUUCUCAAGGAAACGGAUUUGCCUCAAAUUUCAAGAUCAAUUCAUUUGUCUCUCACGCUCAAUUGUCAACUGGUUACGGUGGCAACGCUAUAUCUAAUACGUCAAAGGGUAUAGAUGGCACAAUUCAAAGAUCAUAUCCUGGUUUACGUAUGGAGAAAAUUCCUGUUAUUGUUCCAUCUUUAGAUGGAGUGGAUGGCCAGCAUCUACUUAACAAUUUGACAUUUAACAUUGCCAAGAACCAAAACUUACUCAUUCUUGGUAAGAAUGGUAUUGGAAAGACGGCAAUAGUUAGAAUCAUCAGUGAAUUAUGGCCUCUUUACUCAGGAUUACUUUCAAAGCCUGCAAGUAGUGAUAUCUACUAUGCUUCUCAAAGACCCUACUUUAUUAGUGGAUCCCUUAGAGAUCAGAUUAUUUAUCCAUUGAGCCAAAUUCAGAUGCUCCAAAAGGGCUUCACAGACGAUGAUAUCAUUGGCUAUCUAAACGAAGUUGGUUUGGGCUACCUAUUGGAGAGAUUUGGAUCAUUGGAUUACAAUCCUGGAAUUGAUACCUUAGGAAAUGAGGAUGAAGACGAAGCUAAAAGAAAGAAUAGACUUAUUGACGAAGUUGUCGUUAAUGGCGUUACAAUAGAAGUUUAUGAUAGUAAUAUGGGAGGCCUGGUUGAAGGAAAAAAGACCUGGUUCUCAUUAUUAAGUGGAGGAGAACGACAGAAGAUUGCGUUCGCCAGAAUUCUUUUCCAUCAUAAGCCAUUUGUGGUGAUGGACGAACCCACAAGUGCCAUUUCUUAUGAUUCCGAAGAUAUGUUGUUUGAGCUUAUGCGGAAGAAGAGUUUCACUUUCAUUACUAUUACUAACAGGGAUUCUCUUAUCAAGUAUCAUGACUAUCUACUAGAUCUUGUAGAUGCGGAUCAUGUGAAGUUUUCUAAGAUAGACGAGGAGUACUUGAAAUAUUUUGAGAGCGUCGACAGUGAAGUUAAAUACCUAGAGGUAGAAUUGAAAAAGAUGCAACAGCUUCGACAGAGGAAGGAACAAUUACAAAGGUUACUUAAUGGAUACGAGGAUGGGGCAGAGGACACAAUCCAAGAUAAACGUAGCAUGAAAAGGGCCAAGAACUCGGUGAACCUUGCAGAGCAGAAAAGAAGGCUGCAGAAAUAG